CCUUUUGAAAGAAUUGAGGUUAAUGGAGUCUCUGAACAUCUACAAUGCUUCUCCAUCUUUGAUUUUCUGAGUUCUUCUUCUAACUCAUCUUCAUCUUUGGCAGGUGAUUGAAGAAAUUAAGAAAGGUUUUCUCUAAUCUGAAGCGACGAUGGAUAAACUUCGUCCCCCCUGGGCAGUGAAGGUGAUCAUUCUGAUCCUCUUCUCAUCAAUCCUGUUCCGGUGUGUCACCGCUACUAAUCAUACCGUAGGAGGAGUAACUGGUUGGAAUCUUGCAUCGGACGUGAAGAGCUGGGCUUCGAACACUGUGUUCUUCACUGGAGACAACUUAGUGUUCGUUUACACGCCAGAGCACGAUGUGAUUGAAGUAGGGGAGAGAGGCUACGCUCAGUGCCAGAUACGUAGCCCGAUCCGCACCCACAACAAUGGCCACACUGUGAUCCCAUUGUUGAACCCAGGAACAAGGUACUUCGUUUGCGGCAAGCCUGGUCACUGCUGGCAGGGUAUGAAGGUUCAGGUCGACGUUCUCCCCCGACCUCAAAAUGUUAGUUCGUCUCCAAGCACUGAAACUGGAGGGUCCAACGCCGGCACCAUCGCUCCUAUUGGCUCCAAUGACCAAGUGGAAGGCCCAGAUGCCAGUCCAAGUCUGAGGCACCGCCGUCCUCCGCAGCCUCCUCGGCCGGCUGGGCAUGUUCCUCCGCCACCACAUUCGCGUCAUUCACCUCCUCCACCUGACGAUACUGAUAGUCCAGAGAUUCAUCCUCCACCGUUAAAUCCUGGCAAUCCAGAGGGUCCGACUCCUAAUGGAGCUUCGGCAGAGAGGGGUGGAGUUUACUUAAAGGUCGCGUAUGUGGUUUACUACUUUUUCCUUUUAUAGGUUUCCGGUUUCUGUGAUUCGGUUCUUCCAUUUGCGGUCUGUGAUUGGUAACCGCCUGAUUGCAUCAAACAUUCUGAUUUGGUUUUUCAUUUUAGCGUUUGGACUCAAGCACAGUCAUACACAGAUUUGGAAUACACAGUUGAUGAUAUCUUGAUACGGUAAUACAGUAGUAAUGGUUAGUUACAAA